AUGGCUGAUGGUGAGAUAGUCAAUCCUCAGGAUGGGUAUGACGUAGACGGCGUGGAUGAGCCCAUGCAUGGGGAGCCUCAAGUAAUCGCCGAAGAUUAUGAUCAGCUCGAAGACGAAGAAGAGGAAUUUGAAGACAUGGACAUAGAUGAUGAGGAAGAGAUUGGAGAGGUCGCCGAGUUCGAGCUAGAUUCGGAAGACGAGAGGAUCGCAGCCGAGGAUGAGCGAGCACAGGCCAUGGAUUCGGAGGAGUCAAGCUCUAGCGAGGAUGCCUCCGAGGAGUUGCCAGAUGAUUCUACCGAGUCGUCCGACCCUGACUGGGAGCCCUAG